UUGAGCGCCAUAUUGGAGUGUAACUAACUAGCUAUUGUUAUAAAUAGGGUCGGGGCUGCUGCUGGCUGAGUUUACAUGUUUUCUACAAGUUUGUUCUAAGGAAAAGAGAAAGUUAUCGGUGGGUCAUGAAAGAAAUGUCAGCGAACUGUAACAGUAUGCAUGGCGGGCAGCAGCCUCAGAAACACUAUGGCAUUACCUCGUCCAUUAGCAUGGCCUUCCCCAGGGAGGUGGACCAUCAGUACACACACAAGCUCAGCGAGGCCAUGAAACCCUUUGGGGUGUUCGAGGAUGAGGACGAACUCAACCACAGACUCGCAGUUCUUGGGAAGUUGAAUUCAUUUGUCAAGGAAUGGAUUGCCGAGAUCAGUGAAACGAAGAACCUCCCACCAUCGGCGAUAACCAAUGUGGGGGGAAAGAUCUUCACCUUUGGGUCUUACCGGCUUGGAGUUCACACUAAAGGGGCGGAUAUUGAUGCCUUGUGUGUAUCGCCGCGACACGUGGAGAGGACAGACUUCUUCGACUCAUUCUUUGCAAAGCUCAAACUGCACGAAGAGAUCAAAGAUCUACGGGCGGUGGAGGAUGCCUUUGUACCUGUGAUCAAAUUCAAGUUUGACGGCAUCGAGAUUGACCUGCUGUUUGCACGGCUGGCUCUGCAGUCCAUCCCAGAUAACCUGGAUCUGAGAGGAGACUCCCACCUGAGGAACCUGGACAUCCGCUGCAUCCGCAGCCUCAAUGGCUGCAGAGUGACAGAUGAGAUCCUGUACUUGGUACCAAACAAGGAGAACUUCAGACUAACCCUGAGAGCCAUCAAGCUGUGGGCCAAACGCCGUGGAAUCUACUCCAACAUGUUGGGCUUCCUGGGUGGAGUCUCCUGGGCCAUGCUGGUAGCCAGGACCUGCCAGCUCUACCCCAACGCUGUGGCAGCCACUCUCGUACACAAGUUCUUCCUCGUCUUCUCCAAAUGGGAAUGGCCGAAUCCUGUGCUUUUGAAACAGCCUGAAGACAGCAAUCUGAAUCUACCUGUUUGGGAUCCACGAGUGAACCCAUCAGACAGGUACCACCUGAUGCCCAUCAUCACGCCAGCCUACCCCCAGCAGAACUCCACCUACAACGUCUCCACUUCCACACGCACCAUCAUGAGCGAGGAGUUCAAAUACGGUCUCAGUGUCACAGAUGACAUCCUUCAGGGGAAAAGCGACUGGUCCAAACUGUUCCAUCCGCCCAACUUUUUCCUGAAGUACAAGCAUUAUAUUGUUCUGACUGCCAGUGCAUCCACAGAAGAAAACCAAUUAGAAUGGAUCGGUCUGGUGGAGUCUAAGAUCCGUGUCCUGGUGGGGAACCUGGAGAGGAACGAGUACAUCACCCUGGCACACGUCAACCCCACAUCCUUCCCCGGGAACAAGGAGAGCUGUAGCGAGAACGAGUUUGUCUCCAUGUGGUUCAUUGGGAUCAUCUUCAAGAAAGUGGAGAACACAGAGAGCGUCAACAUCGACCUGACCUACGACAUCCAGUCCUUCACAGACACAGUUUACAGGCAGGCCAACAACAUCACCAUGCUGAAGGAUGGGAUGAAGAUCGAAGCGACGCACGUGAAGAAGAAGCAGCUCCACCAGUACCUUCCUGUUGAGCUGGUGCAGAGGAAGAAGAGGAGCAUAGUGGAGCUGAACCCCAACUCCAAUGGCGGGACUUCCAAGCGUUCCUCUCUCGAUGCCAGUCAGCUGGACAGUUCCAGAGACACUGACUCCGGGACUCCCUUCAGCUCUCCCACCUCCGUCUGCAAGCCGUCCAGGCCGGCCGCCUCGGACACAGACGACAGUUUGACACCCCCCAAGGUGCCAGUCUCUCUGUUUGUGGAGACCAGCUCCUCAGUGCCAGACGUCUCUCCACCCAGGACCAAUCAGGAGCAGGGUUUGUCCAUCCCCGUCAUUGGAUCAAAGUCCGAGCCCUCUGCCCCAACGGGCCCAGUCGGUAGCACCAUUCCUACAGUAGUGGGUAGGAGCAUGGUCUCUCUCCCUGGCAGCACCAGCUCCACAGAGCAGAACGGAGCCAAGAGGCUCCACUCCCCUACGCUGGAGGAUCAGUCCAAGAGACUGAAAGACGGUGCAGAGCCGGUGAGUCCUCCAGCAGGCAGCACCAUUCCUACAGUAGUAGGCAGGAGCGUUGUACCCUGCCUGGGCUCCUCUAGAGAUACAACCAGCCCGACAGAGCAGAACCAGAACGGAGCCACCGCUGCAUCCAAGAGACCUCACUCCCCCACACAGGACGGACUCCCCAAGAGGAUACGAGACACUGCACAUCUGCUGGUGUCCGGCGAUGACUCUACAUUCAAGGAGCCGUUCCCUUUAUCUAGCGACGGCCAGGAGCAAGGGGACGGGGUGAACGUCGAACGUCUUGGUGGGGUGAAGGCUAUGCCUAUUCCAACUAUCGACUCAUCAAGAACACAGAGACUUCCCAGUAUGGAGCUGCCAGAUGUGACCUCUCCCCUCCCCAGCAGUAACCACCAGCGGGUGGUGAAGAACUCCAUCAGACUAGCCCUCAACAGGCACAGGUAACCCCAGGUAACGCCCCCCCCCCCUCCCCUCCCAAACCCCUUCCUUCACAAGGCCAGGACCUACAACACUGACUAGCUCCAGACCUGAGAGAUCCAAAAUCAAGACUACUGUGGUAAAACCUAGUGAGGAAGCCGAUUUUAACUCUCCCGCUCACCCCACCCUGUCACUGGACGAUGGGCAACGGCAGUCCCUUGUUCCUCAAAAAAUGUCAUCUCUGUUUCUACGGUCCUUCCCAGUUGAGCCUGAAGCAGAAAUGAAAAGGCUGAUUUCAGAUUGGGUUGGAGAAGAGUUGGAUUUAUUUAUUUAUUUUUGUAAAUUUUCCCCCUCUUCCUUUACUGUGUGUAGUUGUGUUUUAAAUGGCCUUAACGUGUCGAUGCUUGCUACUACACCGGUCUGUACCAUCCUAAUGUUUUGACAAAUGGAAACUUCUACAAUAGGUGUAGUUUAUUGUACAUAGCUCGUCUUUAAAAAAGAAAAAAAAAGAAUCACAGACGUUUAGUAACAGUCCGUACAGCUGUUAUAGUUUUAUGAUCUAAAAUGAAAAGAAAAAAAAUGUUUCAAAAAUGUAUUGUCAACUGCAUCACAACGUGACCUUGAUAGCCAAUCUCAGCCUUCCCACCAAGUAGACUCCGCAACCUGGGUUGUGUUCAUUUGGGCGCAACAUAUGAAAAUGUUUUGCAACAGAAACCUAAAAUGAGAAUUCCUUUUAGGACAAGUUCAGAUAGUACCUCCCUUUUUUCUUCCUGUAUGUUCCUAGGUUGGUUAACAGGACCUCCUGUGUAUGUCCCCCCCCCCCUCUAGGUUGGUUAACAGGACCUCCUGUGUAUGUCCCCCCCCCCCCCCUCUA